AGCAUUUGACGUGCGAAGACAUAAAAUGUGUAAAGUAGUUUAUUGCCUAGUUUUAUUAACUUAUUUAAGAUUUUGUGAUGCGAAAAAUAAUGGGACCUUCCCUUCUAACUUUUUGUUUGGAGUAGCUACCUCUUCUUUUCAAAUCGAAGGUGCAUGGAACGAAGAUGGUAAAGGGGAAAGUAUGUGGGAUGAAUAUAGCCAUCGAGUGCCCUCCCCGAUAAAUAAUAAUGAUACAGCGGAUAUAGCUUGUGAUUCCUACCAUAAAUAUAAAGAAGACGUUAAACUCUUAGCGGAUCUUGGCGCGGACUUUUAUAGGUUUUCAAUAUCUUGGCCAAGAAUUCUUCCUACUGGCUACACCGACAAUAUCAAUCAAAAGGGUAUCCAGUAUUACCAGAAUUUAGUUAGGGAGAUUUUGAAAUACAAUAUGAUACCAGUAGCUACUUUAUAUCACUGGGAACUUCCACAAACGCUUGUUGCUGCGAAAUUGGACUGGACCAAUCCCGACCUUAUCGACAUUUUUGUGAAUUACACUAGAGUUGUGAUUCAGAAUAUUCCUGAUGUAGGCUUCUGGAUAACCGUAAAUGAACCCAGACAGAUCUGUCAUCAAGGCUAUGGUGAAGGUACGUUAGCUCCAGGAGGACUCAAUAGUGGUGUGGAUGACUAUCAAUGUGAUUAUAUUGUACUUAAAGCUCACGCGAAGGUUUAUCAUAUGUAUAAGGAGGAGUUUCCGCACUAUCAAGCUAAGAUGUCCUUAACUAUAGACUGUGAAUGGUAUCAACCUUUAACGAAUUCCAAGGAAGAUAUUGAUGCAGCUAGAAGAUAUAUUGAUUUUGAAUGUGGUAUGUACUCUUAUCCAAUAUACCAUGGUGAUUGGCCGCCAAUUGUGAAAGAGCGCGUCAAAUUGAGAAGUGGGCUUCAAGGAUAUAACCGAAGUCGAUUACCAGAAUUUACUCCAGAAGAGAUCAAUUACAUAAAAGGAACUUCUGAUUUGUAUUUGCUUAAUAUUUAUUUUGCGUAUUUAGCUAAAGAUGUACCCGAAGCUCCCAGUAAUGUUACUAGUUGCCAAUCUGAUAUUAGAGCAGAACUCAUUCAAUUUCCUGGAAUUAGUGUCGGAGUUAAUGGAUUUCCUAUCGUACCAUGGAGUAUAGAAAAUAUGUUGAAAUUUAUCAAGGACGAAUAUAAGGAUCCUGAGAUACUCAUUACAGAAAUAGGCACUUCUGAAGAUGGUUCUUCUUUGGAAGAUGAUAUGAGAAUAGACUAUUUCGAAAAAACAUUAUAUGCAGUUCUCGAAGCGAUGUACAACUAUAAUGUAAAAGUGAUAGGAGUAACAGUAUGGAGUUUAUUGGAUAAUUUAGAGUGGACAACUGGAUAUACAGCUCGUUUUGGCCUCUACCACGUAAACUUUAGCCAUCCAAAUCGUACGAGAACUCCGAAAAAAUCAGUAAACUAUUACAAGCAUGUAGCAACCACAAAACGUUUAUUAAGUGCUGAAAAUGGUUCAAAUUUUAAUAGUAUUUCAGGAUUUAUGACGAUAAUAUUAUUAUUUACAAUUCUGUGGAACUCAUUUAUGUAAUUAUUAUUAAAAUUAUUAAAUUAUUUAUCAGAAUAA